GGUCCGCGGCGAACGUGUGUCGAAAUCAACCCGCCCGAAUCCGAAACUUUAUCGUAUUCACUAAUUGUUAUCUAAGUGCGUGCUCAAAGGAGUUUUGGAAGUUACAAUAUUUCGGCUUAGUAAAAAGGCUGAGAACCAUGGAGACCCUCAUUCAAUAUUUACUCCUAGCUCUCGCGCUGACUUCAGUUCAAAUAUCCUACACAGAGAGCCGUUUAAAUGAAAAACGCAGGGAUAAAACUGAAAGGAGAUACCACGCGGCGCAAGCUAAGGACAAUAUGUGUGAAAUUGCCAACCGAGAAUCAAAAGUACAUUGCUACUGUGAAAAUACAGAAAUUAAAACAGCUACUCGAGCCGACUGCUGGGUAUUUAACGGUGGCAUUGAUGAAACCGAUCCAAUUUGGUCAAGUUUCAAUUCCCAGCCGCUCCUUGAAAAGCUUACGUUCAACGUUCGAUCGGACGGUGCACUCAAAUUUGUGCCACUUAACGUGAUUCACAAGUUAAAACGGUUGCAGAAACUACAAAUACAUUACGCCACGCUAAGCAAGAUCGAAAAAAAGACCUUUACGAACAUGUCGACAGUGAGAGAAAUAACGUUAAUGAACAACAAAAUAAUGGAGUUGGACUUUUCCGCGUUCGCAAACCUCCCGUCGCUCGUAAACUUGACUAUAAAAGGAAAUAAAGUGACCGAGAUCCAGAGGGAUGUUUUCGUCGAUUUACCGAGUCUCAGAUAUCUCGAUUUAUCGUUUAACAGUAUUAAUCUAGCUCACGACGGAUGUUUCGAACAUCUAAACGUACUCAACGAUCUGGUAUUGGAAGCGAAUUUAAUUUCGGUUCUAACCAGGGACACUUUUAGGGGCCUUGCUAAUUUGACGAGAUUGGAUCUGAGGUCCAACAAGUUAUCAAUGAUUGGAGAUUUGACGUUUAUCGAAUUGUGGAAUCUGAACGAGCUUCUUUUAGAUAAUAAUGAAUUGAAAUAUCUAUCCGAAAGAGCCUUUGACGGAUUGGCGAUGCUUCAGAAAUUGUCUAUGACUGGAAACAAAUUACAAAGCAUCAACGAAGUGCUAUUGGAAGGCGUUCGAGGGCUCGAAUUAUUGGAUUUGAGAAAUAAUGAAAUUGAAUUAUUUUCUUAUGAAACUGUGAAACCAAUUUUGGAAAAUUUAAAGCUUAAAACAUCAGUGCUGUAUCUAAGCGGUAACAAAUUAAGAUGCGAUUGUCGUCUAUCCUGGAUUCAAGUUCUGCGUAAUGAAACAAAAAGCGAACCCCUCAGACAGGCUCUUGACGAAGUCACUUGUAUUCCGAAUGUACGAGAGAACAUUGAUAAUGCACUAAACCCUAAAAGCAAUGAUGGUAAAGAUCUUAAAACAGAUUUGGAUGUAGAUGCUGAUGAUGACUCUUUCCAACAAGAUGGUAAUGAAGAUGAGGCGUAUAGUGAAGCAAAUGGUGCAUAUAAAUUGGAAGAUGAGAAAUCAAUCAAUCAAGUUGUAUUGGUGGAUAUGCCACCUGAAUCUUUACCUUGUCCCGGUCAAUUAGGACAAAACGGAGAAGAUUCAUUAAUGCUUUCAUCUAAAGAUGAAAAUUAUUGGCAAUCUAGCUCAAGCGUAAAAUUAGUCUCAAGUGUUUUCGUAAUAUUUACUACGCUUUUAUUAAAUCUUUUUCAUUGAAUUUUUAUGAACAUUCCAACGAUGGCUCAAUACAACCAGAAUUUCCGUGUGUAUUCUAACAUAAUUGCGUAUUCUGUAUAAUUUCCCUCGUUUUUAUAAGGAAAAAAGACUGGUUAAGAAUAUUUAAUUAAAUUAUUCCGUAGCGAAUAGUCUGAUUGCGACAGCGAAAUUAUACUGUUAGGGUACAGAACAAUGAUUGUAGGUUGCAAAUAUUUUAACGCAAUAUUUUUGUGUGUUAUAUAAAGG